GGAAGUGGCAAGGUGUGAGUGGAGGGCGCAUGUGUAUGUAGCGUGCACCCUUCCACAUUCUUUCUCGUUCUCGAUCUCUCUCGAUUUUUCCUUCCCUUUUCUCCAUAAACGAGGUGCUUCAGAUUUGCUCAUAAUCGGAGGGAAUCGAAUCGAAUCGAAAGGAAAGGAAAGUGCAGAAUGGAUGACAUGCCGUUGCCGGCGCUCUUUGAGCAAGCCCGCAAGAUCCACGCCGCAGCCACCGAUUCCGGCGCCGACCAGGAGGUUGUGAAGAAGGGGUGCGAGGCUCUGCAUAGAUGCGAGGACAUGGUCAAUAAUCUAGGUUUGUUCUCUCCCAACGAGACCAAAGAAGAUAUCAGCACCACGAAUCUCAAAUACAUUCUGGUGCCAUUUUAUCUUGCGGAGUUGACAGAAAAAAUAGCACAGGAUGACAGGAUACAGAUUCUAAAGUCUUCCCAGGCAAAACUUAAGGAGUUUAUCUCAUUUUGUGAAGCAAUGGAGCUGGUCCCAAAAGAGGAGUUAGAAUCUUACAUUGAUGGGGCACCAAAAACUGUUGCUGAUCAGAGGGCCAGGAAGAUCGCUAGGUUCAAACGUCAGAGAGCUGCAGAAUCAAAGUUGUUGGAAAUAAAAGAGCGAAAGGAACGACGUGGGCGUUCUACUAAAGCAGCUGCCCUGUCCACCCCUGUUGAGGCAGGAGAGGAAGAAGUAUUGGAUGAUGAUGGGGAAGAAGAAAGAGAGGCUUGGAUCACUACCAUAUCUUUGGCAAUCUGUAAGGCACUAGAUAUGCUGGAUAUGUUGAAGAAAGAGGAAGAGAUGCUUUCUGCUGUAAAGGAUAGACAAUCCAAGGAUGGGGAUAAGGAGUUCUCUAAGGAUGUUCUUGAUGAACGUGCCAAGAAAGCAGAAGCUUGGCAUCGUGAUUCUGCAGUUCGUGCACAGUACACUAGGCCAUCACCACCAAUCACAUGUGCCACUUUCGCCCAAGAUGUUCUAGAAGGAAGAGCAAAGGCUUCACAAGAACACGAUCACAAGCAUCAACCCCUAAUAUUUGGACCAGCUAGCCUUGUAAAUGGAAACAUAACAACUGAGAGAGAAAGAAUGGCAGCUCAGGUCUUCCAACCUAGUCAUAGGAUGCCAACUAUGAGCAUUGAGGAGGCCGGGCUAAAAGAAAUGGAAAUAAUGAACAAAUGGCAAGAGAGAAAUGUCAAACUCAUGGAAGAAGUCAAUUCAUCUUGGCACAAUGAUAGGAAGUCAAAGCCAGGAGAAGACGAUGAUGAUGAAGAUGAUGAUGCUGCACAGGAGAAAGCAAGGGCUUGGGAUGACUGGAAGGAUGAUAAUCCACGUGGUGCUGGAAAUAAGAAACUUACCCCUUGUGGGUAAACUGAGGUCUUCCCUGGCUUAAGUAACGGGCUUAGGAUAAAACUGUUUUUAACGAAAUCCCGUAAUUUGGAGUUGAUAUACUACUUGUAGUUAGAUUGUGUUAAGAUUAUAUGUAUACCAGGAUUUUCAUUUGAUUUACAUGUGUUUUUCUUGUGAGUGCUA